ACGAGGGGCACGGAGCGUGCAAUGCUGGGGUGCUUCCUGGCCGUCCGGUGGCUGUCGUCGCGGCUGUCGUUGUCGUGCGGGGAGGGGUCCACGUCGGUGGGAACGUGCUCAACGCCGAUGUCCUCGGCGUCGACGUCGUCCCCGGCAUUCCUCGACGACGACGGCCUCUACCCCGACGACGCCGAGGCCGAGGCCGACGUGGGAGGGCUGUCCACGGCCAUCGCCUCCCGCAGGUUCUUCCUCGCGACCCCAGGCCGGUCCAACUCCAUCGUCGACUCGGUCGAGCACCCCGGCUCCCGCAACGGCCGGCAUAGUGUCUUCAACGCCCGCGAGUUGCGGCGCGCGGCCACCUCCGCCUUCCCCGCCGCCGCCACGACCUCCUCGGCUGCCACCAAGGCGCCCUUCCGCGCGUGCGACGACGACGACAUGCGGCCGGUGCGGAAGGUCUCGGUGUCGACGGACCAGCCCCGCGCCGACUUCCUCAAGUCCAUGGUGGAGAUGGCGGACGCGCUUGGGCUGGACCCGCGCCGCGACGCCGACCUCGCCCGCCUGCAUGACCUCCUCCUCUGCUACAUCGCGCUCAACGAACGCGACGCGCUCAGGGACAUCCUCGGCGCAUUCUCCGACCUCAUGUGCCUCCUCGGCUGCAAUGCCACCGCCGCCGCCGCCGCCGACGCGCGGGACCAAACGGCCCGCGGGUAGACAGACAGACACCGAGCGCGGCGCGCGCGCGCGUCGUGCCGUGCCGCGCCGUGCGCAGCUGUGGAUCGGAGCGGGUGGAGAUCGUGUAGGAAAAGUAGAAAGGUGCAUGAGGUCGUUAAGUGUAACACCAAACAGGCAAACGGCUCUUGUUGUGUUCUUCAGCCGGUUUCCUCUCUCUCUCUCUCUCUCUCUCUCUCUCUCUCUCUCUCUCUCUCUCUCUCUCUCUCUCUCUCUCUCUCUCUCUCUCUCUCAUUUCUCUUCAAAAAAUAAUUUAUUUUCCGGUCCUAUCGGAGAUGUGUGAGUGAGACCUAGAUUAACGCUGACGUAGGUCAUGACCAUUGUAACAUACUCGUGCCAAUACAAUCAUUAUAGUCAAAAA